ACGACCAGCCGAUGGACGGUGACGUCGAGCAGGGGGAGGCGGGGGCGCGCCAGCAGCAGCAGCAGCCGCAGCCGGUGUUCGCAGAGCCGCUGCCGCCGACCUGCACCGCCGUCGAGGGCUCGCCGCUCGAGCUGCGCGUCCGCCUACACACAGAGGGCGAGCAGCUGUCGGUGACGUGGUCCCGCGAGGGCGUGCCGCUGCCCGACUGCCGCGACUUCCGGUACGGCCGCGGGCCGGCGGGCCGGCGCUCGCUGCUGCUGUGGGACGUCUUCCCGGAGGACGCCGGGCUGUUCCGCUGCGAGGCGCGUGGCGAGGGAGGCCGCGUGCUCGCCGUCUCCUGCACCAGGCUCUGCGUCCUCACAGACUGCGAGGCGGCAACGCCCUCCGCGGGUGACGGUCGCCCCCAGCACCAGCACCAGCAGCAGCAGCAGCAGCGGGCGGCCGCCUUCCUGAAGAGCCCGGCGCCAGUGAUGGCGCGGCCCGGCGCCAGCGCCAGUUUCGUGGCGCGCGUGUCUGACCCGCGCGCAGCCGCCGACGUCGUCUGGACUGUGGCAGGCCGCGACGCCGCCACCUGCUCCAGGUGCCACGUGGAGACGUCUGGGGACGAGAGCGUGUUGACGGUGCGCGACGUGCAGCCGGAGGACGGCGGCGCCGUCGAGUGCUCGCUGGCCGGCGGCGGCGCGGGGGCGGCGGCGGCGGAGCCCGCCUCCCUCACCGUGCUGCAGCCAGAGGAGGAGGAGGAGGAGGAGGAGGGAGAGGGAGGGGAGCCGGCGGCGGUGACGCGCGGCCCGCGCGACGUGGUGGCGCUGCGCGGCGACACGGCCACGCUGAGCGCCGCCUUCCGCGGCAGCCCGCCGCCCACAGUGCGCUGGCUCAGGGCGGGCCGGGAGCUGUCGGCGGGCGGCAGGCUGAGCAUCGAGACGGCGGCCGGCGAGUCUCGGCUGACGCUGUCGCGCAUCACGGCCGACGACAGCGGCAAGUACGUGGUGUGCGUGGCCAACGCGCUCGGAGAGGACUGCCACUACGCCUCGCUCGCCGUGGAAGGGCCGCCUGACCCACCCAAGGGCCGCCCCAGUGUGUGUGCGGUGAGUGGCGGUCCGGACUGCCACGGCGCAUGCGCACUCGUCGCGUGGUCGAGCGCCCCCUACGACGGCGGAUGCAUCGUCACCGGCUACAGCGUAGAGAUGCGUCGCGCAGACGAAGACCACUGGACCACCGUCGCUGACAGCUGCCUGUCGCUGUCGCACCACGUGUCGGGCCUGAGCGACGGCCACGACUACCAGUUCCGCGUCCGGGCGCACAACCGCCACGGCGCCAGCGAGCCGGGCCUCGAGACGCCGCCCUUCGCAGCUGCACGCGUCGCCACACCAGACGGGGUUAAGCUGGAGGAAGAAGAAGAAGACGUCCCGGAGGAAGAGGACUGGGACUCCGAGGAGGUGUCUGCGGGCGGCGACUUCGCGUCCGGCUACGAGGUGCUGCAGGAGCUGGGCAAGGGCCGGUACGGCGUGGUGCACCUGGUGCGCCACCGGCGCUCGCAGCGCCUCUUCGCCGGCAAGUUCCUGCGCUGCGUGAAGGCUGCCGACCGCGACAAGGCGCGCGCCGAGGUCGACAUCAUGCGCCGCCUCAGGCACCCCAAGCUGCUGCGCCUCGCCGCCGUCUUCGAGGCGCCGCGCGAGGUGGUCGUCGUCACCGAGUAUAUAUCUGGAGGCGAGCUGUUUGAGAGAGUAGUCGCAGAUGACUUCACAUUAACUGAAAGAGACUGUGUGCUCUUUAUGCGUCAAAUAUGCGAGGGAGUCCAGUAUAUGCACCAGAAUUCUGUUGCACAUCUUGAUCUGAAGCCAGAAAACAUCAUGUGCCGUACACGUACAUCUCACCAGAUCAAGCUGAUCGAUUUUGGUCUUGCAAGAAUCUUGACACCAGGGAAACCAGAGAGAGUUCUGUUUGGCACCCCUGAAUUCAUACCACCAGAAAUUAUAAAUUAUGAGCCCAUUGGUUUUGAAUCAGAUAUGUGGUCUGUUGGCGUUAUCUGCUACGUCCUGCUGUCCGGCUUGUCACCAUUCAUGGGUGACAAUGACAUAGAGACAUUUGCCAAUAUAACGAGAGCAGAUUAUGAUUUUGAUGAUGAAGCUUUUGAUGCAAUUUCUCAGGAUGCCAAAGAUUUCAUCAGUGAACUUCUAGUAAAGAGAAAAGAGAAAAGGUUGACUGCUGAACAGUGUCUGCAACAUCGCUGGUUAACACAGAUGACAGAUGCAAUCAGCUGUGUCAGGCUGUGUACUGAUAAACUUAAGAAAUUCAUUAUACGGCGCAAGUGGCAGCCUCCAUGCCCUCCAGCUGUAACAAGAAGACAGCCAGCCUGAAGCACCAGAAUUCUGCAGAUUCUGGAGUGCACCUUGAGGUGGUAAGCAGCAGCAGCAGGAGGAACUCCUGCAGUGGCACCGUUAAGAGCAAGGUGACAGCAUUCCAGCAGAUGGCCAGUGCUGGGAACCGUUCUCCUGUCACAGGUGAAAUGGCAAAAACUCACUCUGGAUCUGCUAUUACUGCCUCAAGAGAACACAGCACCAACUUCCAGAAAGCAGCCGCUUUCUGGAAGAGGUAGCACAGGACAAUAAAUGUGUGCAUAAGUACAAAGUGCAGCUGUCUUUCUGUGAAUAUGAACUAUUUAUAUGUUGAUAAGUUAUUAAUAACUGUACAAUAAUUUUGACAACUCAAAGCAUGUUUAAAUCUAAAUUACAAUGAAUUCCAUCAUGCCAUAUACUGUCUAAAGAUAUAUUCAAUGAUGAACAAUAUAAACUACUACAAAUGUAUUUUUAAAAAAAAUUAUUUCUUCAUGGAAAACUUUCUGUUUUGCUUGUUGUCAAGUGUGCAUGUUCAUAUAAACUUUUGUUGUUUGAAUAUUGCAAAAGUUUGUGAUUUGUACAUAGCCAAUACCUCAGUUUCUGUAACAUCCAUUUAAAAAAAAAUGUAUGUUCCCGUCAGUGUAUAGCAUAGUCAACCAUUAGCACUCUACCUGUUCACAAAUACAAAAAGCUGAACUGUAAUGUUCUUAAACCAAAUUUAAAAUAAAAUUUAUGAUACUGUCA